AUGAGUGUCGUACCGCCGGAGAACACCGACAAGCUCGAACAUGAGGUGCAACAUGAUGCUGAGCUCCGCCAUGAUAAAGAGAUGCUAGAGCAUCGAGAGCACGCUCACACCGAAGACGAGAAGGCGCAUGCCAAAGAGGAAUUGGCUACUGCAAGUGGAUCUUCCUCUGAACCCAACAGCGAGACGACACCGGAGUAUCAAACCCAGACAGUAUGGACGCUGAAGACCUUCGUUGCCACGGUUGCUCUCAGCGGGCUCUACGUUGGCUCUCAGAUUCCCCUCUACUUUGUGGGCGGUUCCCUCACAUUCAUCGCAGCAGACAUUGGUGGAGCGGAGGCAUCUGCCUGGUUAACCGUGGCCUAUGCACUCACCCUCUCUGCGGUUGCUCCUUUCUGCGGCUAUCUCCAAGAUCUUCUUGGCCGUCGCCUCAUCACCCUUGUUGGUGGCGUCUCGCUGAUGAUGGGCUGUGUCAUUAUCGGUACUGCUCAUAAGUUCGGACAAGGGGUUGUCGGUAUGGCCUUUGCUGGCGGUGGUGCCGCGAUUGGUGAAUUGACUGCGCUUGCCGGGACUUCUGAGCUAGUGCCUGUCAACAAACGAGGCAUUUACCUGGCUCUCGUUACAGCUUUUGUGCUCCCAUUUACACCAUAUCUGCUAUUCGCUCAGCUCUUAUCGACCUACCACACUUGGAGAUGGGGCAUGUGGAUUUGCGUGAUCUGGAACGGUGUCUGGUGGGUUCUCAUCUUCGCUGUCUACUUUCCAGAGUCCCAGACCCGAGCAAAAGGGUUGGAAGCCAAAGCCAUUCUGAAGAAGAUUGACUACAUUGGUGGAGCUUUGUCUAUUAUGGGUUUGACGCUUGUGCUGGUCGCUCUUCAAGCCGGAGGUUACUCUCACCCUUGGAAGAGCGCAUAUGUCAUUGUACAACUCAUCAUUGGCAUUCUUCUCAUCGCCGCCUUUGUCAUUUGGGAAUGGAAGUAUUGCAAAGAACCUAUGGUGCCGCAUGAGAUGUUUUCAGGACAAAGAAUUGUUGGAAUGGCUUAUGGAAUCGCCUUUGUUGCAGGCAUGAACUUCUACGCCAUGCUGAACUUCUUCCCCUUGGUGUACAGCACGGUGUUUGAACCUGAUCCGGUCCAUGUUGGACUUCGGGGUCUCGGUCCCGGGUUGUCCACCACCUUUGGUGCGGUCUUUGCGAAUGCCGCCUUGUCUUGGUUCAAGGGCCACAACCGAGAGAUCCUCCUCGCUGGCUGCAUUAUUAUGACGGCCUUUGGCGGCGCUAUUGCUGCGAUCACUCCCGACCGGGAGGGUCUCGCUAUUGGUGUAGGGACAAUCACUGGCUUCGGGGUCGGCGCUGUUCUUGUCCCGGCAGCCACCGUCGCCAUCACGGUGACACCGGACACGUCGAUCGCUACUUGUGUCGCCCUGUCGCUCACCAUCCGCGCCGUGGGUGGAAGUAUCGGCUACGCCAUCUACUAUAAUGUCUUCAUCAACAAACUCACGCCGAAGCUCCCCGCGUACAUUGCAGAGUACGCCGUCGCCGCGGGACUCCCGCUCUCGUCCGCUCCCCGUUUCGUCGAGACGUACCUGACCGCGCCCACCAAUCUGACGACCGUCCCCGGUGUCACUCCGGACAUUAUCGAGGCGGGUGCGGUCGGGUCCCGCUGGGCGUACGCCGAGUCGCUCAAGUACGUGUGGCUGACGAGUAUUGCGUUUGGCGGGUGCGCCAUCAUCGCGUGCUUGUUCAUCGGCAACAUUGGCAAGUACAUGACCAACCGAGUGGCCGCGAGGAUCAGGUAG